AUCAUGUCCUAUUAUGAGGUAAGCAGAGUUAGCGAGGAACCGUAAAGUUUGUUUUGGUUUUUAUGAAUCAUCAUUUUUGUCUCCAGCAUAUCCUGUUUGACUAUGAAUUCAAUGACACGGGUUCUGGGUCUGGGUCUGGUGACAUUGGGGUGGAUCUGGAGGAGCCUUGCGAGGUGGAGCACGUGAUGACCGCAGAUCUUCAGCAGGUCUUUCUACCGGUGGUCUACGCUCUUAUCUUCCUACUGGGCAUCACCGGGAACGGACUGGUGGUUUUUGUUCUGGGCUGCCAGCGCAGGUCCAAAUGUAGCCUCACUGACCGGUACAGACUCCACCUCUCUGCGGCUGAUCUUCUCUUUGUUCUGGCACUUCCGUUCUGGGCCGUGGAUGCGGCUUUGGCGGACUGGCGUUUCGGUGCUGUCACCUGCGUCGGCGUGCAUGUGAUCUAUACGGUCAACCUGUACGGUAGCGUGCUCAUACUCGCCUUUAUAAGUCUGGACCGCUAUCUCGCUGUGGUCCGAGCCACCGACACCAACACGGGAGGACUGAGGCAGCUUCUGGCACACAGACUGGUCUAUGUGGGUGCCUGGUUGCCCGCUGCUUUGCUAGCAGUACCGGACUUGAUCUUCGCUCGGACUCAAGAAGGAGGCGAGGGAAGCACCCUUUGCCAGAGAUUUUACCCGGCAGAAAAUGCUCCUCUCUGGGUGGCCGUUUUUCACCUGCAGCUGGUCCUAGUGGGUCUGGUCAUACCGGGUCUUGUGCUUCUGGUGUGCUACUGCGUCAUCGUCACAAGGCUGACCCGGGGUCCGCUCGGCGGCCAGAGACAGAAGCGACGAGCGGUGAGGACCACCAUCGCGUUGGUGCUUUGCUUUUUUUUAUGCUGGCUGCCAUACGGAGCGGGGAUCUCCGUGGACGCCAUGCUGCGCUUGGAGGUCCUGCCCCGAAGUUGCAGCCUGGAGGCGGUCCUGAGCGUGUGGCUGGCGGUAGCCGAACCCAUGGCGUUUGCUCACUGUUGCCUGAACCCUCUGCUCUACGCUUUCCUGGGGGCAGGGUUUAAGAAUUCAGCCCGUCGAGCCCUGACUUUGAGUCGAGUUUCCAGUUUGAAGGUUUUACCGAGAAGACGCAACGGCGCCUCCACAACCACAGAGUCCGAGUCGUCAAGUUUACAUUCUAGCUAGUGUUUGCUUCUUCUAUGUAUGAGUGUGUGUGUGUGUGUGUGUGUUUGUGUUUAGAAAUGAUUCAGGGGAAGUCUGCUGGCAGUCUUCCCUCGUUUUGUCUUGUAAAUAGUCUUUAGAUUUGGAUUCAGUGCUGCCGUGCUUUCACUGUGCUGUAAAGCUUUAUAAUAAA